UAUACGCGUUGUACAUCUGUUUGUGAUAUGGCGACAGUUCGGAGGAUGGCUAGUGCCCGACGCAAGUGGAAAAGUAGUGACAUUCAUAUUUGAGUUUCAUUGACAUACUUUUUAAAUCAGUACAAAUGCAGUGUAGUGGUUUAGCGUAUCGAAAAGUGUACAGCAUGACACAAGGAGCUGAUUCCUUUGGUGAGAGGAAGAAGAAGCCCGAGAAAGAGGCAAUACACUCGGGACAUUUUAUGGUAUCAGAUUUUGAGGCUGAAGCACAAGAUGACGAAUUCAAUGUGGCAGUCGCGUUGCCUGAGGAAGAAAACAAAACAGUUGCUGUUGCCAUUAGCAUUUCGAAUACUGAGACAUUCAUCAGUGCAAAUCGCCAAGAAAAAACGCAACAAGUUUCCAUCGAGACAUCGUUAGCAAAGCUGUUUCAAUGCAUGUCCCUAGCAUAUAGGCAGAAGUUGACAUCGCCGAAAUGGAAUCGUUUCAAGGGGAUUCGUCUUCGCUGGAAGGACAAAAUACGGCUGAACAACGUCAUCUGGCGCUGUUGGCAUAUGCAGUUCAUAAGAAAGCAGAACACACUUGUGUGUCAAUUUGCAUCUCCUCUCGAUGUCGAUACUCACAACAAACCUGAGGCAGUGGUUUUGGAGGGGAAAUACUGGAAGCGUAAACUUGCAGCUGUAACAGCAGAGUACAAGAAAUGGAGGAUGUUCUACAGAAACAGGUUGGCUGGCUGGUCAUCGAAAGAUGGAAACAAUGAGGUGUUGUCAGAGGCAGAUAUCUUUGAUUGGCAGCCGCACAGCAAUGACAGUAUGCAUUCUGUGGGCUCCAUGAUGGUGGAUGAAGACUAUAUGGAAUUUAUGAGUGAUACAUUGUUCACCACCAUUUCUGCAAAUCAGCCAUAUGCCUUUCCAGACCAACGUGAAAUUGCACGUGGAGCUGGUCUUGCAGACUUCAUUCAGCCGAGCUUGGUGCAGCUUCAGCCAAAUCUGGAUGACUUCAUGGACACAUUUGAGCCUCUUCAAGAGCUGCUGUCUUAUUCUAAACUGCCAGCUGUGCCUGAGGAGAGUACUACAUCCACAGUGUUCGAUUCUGCAAGCAACUCAAGUGGAGUGGAUGUUUUGGCAGAUCCUCUUGCUGGUAUUCCCACUGCCACUUACAGCUCUCAGCAGCAGGAUCCAGUGUUCACCCAAGGGCAGCCUGUCUCGCUGACUGAAAAACCUCCAACAACCAUCCAGGCUUUUUGCAAGCAAGAAGCACAACCACCCAUUCAGCGCCAGGUUAUAACACAGUCUCAGUCACAGCAGCUGCUGGACAAGCCAUUGCCAUAUCAACAACAGCAGCGCCAACAGCCACAGUUGCCACUGCCACAGCAGUUGCAGAGGCAUCAACAGCAGCAAACUUUAUCUCAGACAACAAGUUACCAACCUGCUCAUCCUCACCAAGUGACAUCACGCUCCAACAGUGUGACAGAUUGUACUCUCUUUGCUGUUCCGAAGGAGAACCAGAUGAAAGCUGUACGCACACGUUCUCGGAGUGGUCCAAACCUGCUUGCUGGUGUAAACAGGCCCUCGCCAUCUGUAGCAACAGUGGCAAUGCCUCAGACCACAUCCCAAGAGGUUCCGGCAGUUGUUGGUGCCAGUCAGGGAUUGCAGCCAUUGCUGUUAGCACAGUUGUUGUCCAACACUCCUUCUGCAAAUACAGUCUUCAACUUUACGGCAACACCAGAAAGGCCAACGCUAGCGGCCCAGGUGCCAACAAAACAAGCUUCAAGCAUAUUGCCGGCCCUGCCUGUACAGCAGCAGUCAUCUCCGGCAACACUGCUUAUAACUACAGCACCCACUCAAGUUGUUCCAACGAUAAGCAUGGUAAGCCCAUGUAAGAACUCACCAUCAGAUUUGAGUUCACCUCUGGGGACUUCACCACUUGGGAGUCCACAAUCUCCACCAUACCGUAGUUCAAGAAGGGACUCAGGACCACCCCCAAAGGAACAUCGCCGUAUGUGCCAUAUAAAUGCAGAGCAGAAGCGACGUUGCAACAUUAAGAAUGGAUUUGACAUGUUGCAUUCUCUCAUACCUCAGCUGAAUCAGAACCCAAAUGCAAAGCUUAGUAAGGCAGCAAUGUUGCAGAAAGGUGCUGAAUACAUCCAACAGCUGAGAGCUGAACGGGAUCAGCUGCGAGAGGAGAUGCUGAGUCUCCGCCAGGAAAUAGAGUGCCUCAAUGCAUCAAUUAGCAAUUGUCAGGCACUGCUUCCAGCUACUGGAGCGCCUGUCUCACGGCAACGAACCAGUAAAAUGAAAGAAAUGUUUGAUGAAUAUGUUCGUAUCAGGACACUAGAGAACUGGAAGUUCUGGAUCUUUAGCAUAUUAUUUGAACCGCUUUUGUCAUCAUAUACAGCAGCUGUGAGCACUGCAAGCCUUGAUGAUUUAUACCGCUCCACCUUAUUAUGGGUUGAGCAGCACUGUUCUCUUGUUGAACUCCGACCAGGGGUUCUGAAUUCACUGCGGUACCUGAGUAGAGCAACAGAUAUUCUGACAGACCCUGCACGGUUACCAGAGGAGGCUCGGAGAGCUGUUCUGAAGAGAGACAUGCAUCUCUGACAAAAUGCAUAGCAGUGGAGUGCUGUCAAGCUACUGCAUGGAAGAAUGUAUGUGAGAAGAGACAGUACUUACUCAAGAUACCUGAUUAUUUCCGUUAUUUAUUCACCUGCUUGCUACAUAUCAGCAAAAAGUGGGGGAGAAGUAUGAAAGAAUCAAAGCAAAUGUGCUUGGAGUUUGUUAUGUGUAAAGAAUUCUACUAAUUUUUAGCUGCCUCCAGACUGACCCUCAACAGUAAAAUGUCGGCAGUUCAUAAACAGUUUCAUGACUUGUGUUUAUUGGUAUCUGUAUUGGCAUUAGUAACUUCUGUGAGAAGUUUGAAGUAGCCAACAACAUAAUGUGGUUAUGAUGUGAUUGUCUGGUCCGUCUUUAAAGAGUCUUUUCGUUGAUCAAGUUUCAUAAGCAAGUAUUUGAUAGGAGUGUUUCUGAUGAUUUAGAACUUUUUUUCUCUUAUGAAGGGAACAGUAACUGUCUUUCACUGUUACUUAUAGAAGAUAAAUCAUUAUAUCAUUAGUACUGCAUCACAAUCACAGUAUAAAACUUGUAAGCCAUGGUCAUUAUAUUUUUAUAAUCUUUUUUAAUUAUGUCAAUACCUUGAAUUUUCUUGCAGUGAAAGAAGUUCCACUCUUGAAAUGGUAGAGUUACAUUGCCUUUAAUUUUAUCUGUGCAAAUGAUUGCAUUGCAUAAAUGAUAUGUUAUGGCCUGUCAUUGAUCUCUGUGCCAUGCUGUUCUUUAGGCAUAACAAAAUUAUUUUAACACCAGGCACUACUUUUAUCCAACAUUUAACUAGUUAUUAAUUUUCAUGUUGCCGGAAAUUGUGUAUGGUGUCAUAUUCUGUCAAAUCACAUUUUCAUAAUGAACUUGAAGUAAUUAUAUAAAACUGAAGAACUCAAAGCGGAAGUAAGUUGUUGCAUCUUAGCCUCCUUUAUGCCCAUGCUUUCUGGUUAUAUAAUUUGUGUUCAUGUUGUGCCCAGUCUCCGUUCAUAAUUACAAUAAAUAUGAACUCAAACUUUGAAAUGUACAAAUAAUGGCUCAAUUACUUUUAUAAAUAGGAAUUUUUAAAUAUACAGUGGUUGUAAAUAUAACAGUCUUAAUUAUUGUGUAUUUUUGUUUUGUUUUGAUUUAUAUACUAGUUACCUUCAGUUUUUCUAAUGAGUAAUAAAUGAUGUAUGAUUUUGUUAUAUUUCAAAUGUUUAUAAUGCAAACAAGUCUGCCAGUGCUGUGAUAUCAUGAAGUAGUGAUUAGAGUUUAUCAGCAGCAAAAUUUGUUGUGUGGAUGGUUGCUGGUGCAGUGAAGUCAGGCACGUAAUUGAUCUAUACAGUACUCAUUUAUUGCCAGCUUUAUUUACUCCAUAAUGAAAACUGAAAUUUAAAGCAUUAUCUCAAUAACUGUGACAUGCCUCUAUGCCAUUACUUGUAUCUUAAUGUAAUGACUAAAAAAUGUUAAUGUAGAAGUCAGCUAUUAUUAGACAGCCCAUUUUGUCACAAGAUUUAUAAUUCACUUUAACUCUUUAUUGUUUUUCAAGAUGAAAUCACAUUUUUUGAAAUUCCAUGUAGUACUCUCAACGCAUGACUGUC